AUGGGGUCGUGGGUGGACGCGGGGAGUGGCGGGCGGGCGCGCGUUGAGGGGUGCAGAGGAGCUGCGGACGGCGCGGCUGCGCAACACGCCACAGCGCGCGCUGCAUCCGCGUGCGUCGCGCGCUCCCCGUCGUCGUCCCCCAUGACCCUGCCCUCCUCGUCCUCCUCGCCCCUCAGCCUCUUCACGCCCUUGUCGCACCACCGCUCGCCGUUGCUCUCGCCCUGCCCCUCCCCCUCGCCGCUGCGCACGCUCGACGAGGAUGCGGCGGACGUCGCGGACGGGCUCACUGGAGAGCGCCAGUGGGGAAUGGCGGGGAUUCGCGGGCCAGCGGCGGAGUCGGGCGCGGGGGUCGGGGUGGCGGGGGGGUGCGCGUCGAUGCGGCGGAGUGCGGCGUCGGUGUCGAUGCCGUCGCUGUGCGCCGCGCCGUGGGAGGGCGACGGGCUGGCCGCGAGCGCGUGGCUGUCGGGCUGCGGCGGGCGAUGGACUCCCGGCGCCGCUGCGUCGUGGCUGGCGCGCGACGAGAGCGAGCGAUGGACGACCAACGGCGAAUGGGCGGUGGGCGAGCGCAGCGCGCGGAGAGGAGCGGUGCGCGGGGGCACUGGGAGAAGCGGAGCGACAGGGACGGCGAAGGAAGGCGGACCGGCAGGGGGAGGACAGCGCCCUGCGACGGGCGGUGGGGCGAGCGCGGGGGCUGGAUGGCGGGAGCUUGCACGGGAGGCGGAAGGGCGAGGGGGCUUGUGGGGGCCGCGGGCGAGGGAAGUGAGCGGCGCGAAGCGGGGCAUGCGAGGGCGAGGCAGGGACGGGUCGUGGGGGGGCGAUGAGAGCGGCGCGGGCAGCGUGGGCGCGGAUUGGGCGGAGGUAGUAGCAGAAGGGGAGGCGGAGGAGGGGAGGGGGAGGGAGAAGAAGGCGAAGGGCGGAAGGGCGGCGGGCACUGGUGAGGGUGCGCGGCAUGGAGAGAGCAGCAGCGGUGCUGGCAGGGUGGGUGAGAACGCGGGGGGAGGGGGAGCGAGCUUGGAGCGCGAGCUGCAGGAGUGGCUGGGCGCUGCACUGCCGUGCGCCGGCGAGAGAGGCAGCAGCGGGGCGGGCGUGCAGCUCCCAGGCGCGGAUGCGAGCAGGGUGGCGGCGAGUGGCGGGGGCGAGAGCACGAGCGGUGGAAGGGCGGGCGCUGCUGGCAUGGGCGCUGCUGGCAUGGGCGCGGAGCAGCGGCAAGCAGGUGUGAGCGAGUCCGAGGGCAUGAAUGGGAGGGGGGGCGGGCAACAGGAAGAAGCGGGGGGGGAAGCGCAGCGAGAGGGGGCGGGGACGGAGGCGCAGCAGGUAGAGUUCCGCGUGACGGCACAGGAGCAGGGACGCCGCCCCGCCGCUUGGAAGCCCGAGGCUGAGCAACGCCGAAGCAGGCAGUCAGGUUCGGUGUUUGGAUCGGGGGAGGAUGGGCUGACGCUGGAGUCGUUUCUGUGCGGCGGCAGGAGGGCGCGCGCACGGCUGCGGGGGCAGGGCGCCCACACGUGGCAGGUGGAUGACGUGGCGGCGCGGGGCGUGGCUCAGAGCAUGAAGGCACAGGUGCAGGGGGGACGGAAGGGGGAAGGGGAGGGGGCGGAGGAGGGGGAGGGGGAGGGGAAAAAAGGAGGAGGGAGAAGGGAGGAGAUGGUGGUGGAGUUAAGGUGUUGUGACGAGCAGAGGCAGAGGCAGCAGGGCGGGGGGCAGGGCGUGCACGAGCAGCUGCAGCAGUGGCGGCGGCAGAGGUCGCUGUGUGGCGGCGCGGGGAAGGGGAAGGGGAGGGCCUCCCUUGGCGUGGGGCAGGCACACAGGCGCGGGCGGUCGGACGCGCUGGACGUGUCGGCUGCUGUGGCCGCACUGGGGGGCGCUGGGGAGGCAGGCGCAGGCGGCAAGGAGGGGUGUGCAGGGGGCAAGGAGGGGUGUGCAGGGGGCCAGGAGGGGUGUGCAGGGGGUCAGGAGGGGUGUGCAGGGGGCCAGGAGGGGUGUGGUGGCGGAGGUUGCGAGUGGGAGGGCAGUGGCGCGAGGCGAGGCGGGGAAGGUGUGGGUGGAGGCAGCGGUGCGAGUGCGGGCGGAAUGCAGGUGGAUGGCAGUCACCUGCCCACUGCUCCCAGCCACGCUGCCUUGGCGGCAGCCAACAGCGUGGUGAGCAUGGCGGGCGUGGGCGCUGUGCUGUGCUGGUCGCCGCCAUGGGUGGGCGCAGCAAGGGGCGUGCGGGCGGUGGGCGGGUCGCUGGACGUGGCUGCUGCCGUGGCGGCGCUGGGAGGCGCAGAGGGCGCGGAGGGAGGGGGGGUUGAGGGGGGUGCGGGGAGAGACGUGUGCAUGGAGGGCGUGGAUGGGGGAGGCGGUGGGGGGAAAGGCGCGCAGGGGAAAGAGAUGGCGCACGAGAGGGAUGGGGAGCAAGAAAGAGAGGCGGAUGCGAUGGUGGUUGAAGAGAAAAGGACUGCGAGGUGUGAGGAGGGCGAGCAGAGCAUGGGUGGCGAUGGGAUGUGUGGCAUGGCUGGUGUGAGUGCAGAAGCAAAAGCAGCGCAUGCAGGCAGGCCGCCCUUCCCCACGGCACCCCCCUGCACGCCCCCACAAGGCCCUCCAUCCCCACCUCUUACCGCACCAUCGCCCGCCUCUCAAUGCCCGUCCUCACCUCCACUUCCCCCCCCGGGCGCACAGGCUGCAAGCAGCGGUGGCAGCGGGGCAUGGGAGGGCGCGGGCAAGGCGGUGCAGCAGCAGCAGGCGAGCAGCGGGCGGGCAGAGGGCGCACUGGAGGGGGCUGGGGGAGGGCAGCUCGCAGAGGCAGGCGCGAGGCAUGGGGAUGGCGGGGCAGCGGUGGGAGGAGGGAAGUGGAAGGGGAGAGGGGGUGCGCGGAGGCAGCAUGGCAGUGCGGGCGAGGUGGAGCGCGCCUUUGAGGUGGCCCCCGCCCACCUGCUCGCCCUGCACCGGUGGCUGGCACCCCUCAUCGCGGGACCUGUCAGUGCGUUGGGCCGUGUGGCUGCUGCGCCGCAUGCGCAAGGCCGCCUGCCCGCGCGCCCCUCGCCCGCUACGCCUGCUGCUCUUCUCCUCGCUGCUCUCCGCCCUGCCCCGCCCGGUGUCGUCACCCCCUCCCCCCUCCUCCCCCUCAUGGCGGACGACUCUACUCCCAUUGAGCUCGGAGCUAUCGACAAGCUCGAGCUCCUUCAUGAUACCACCGCUGUGAACUGGGCGUCGUUCGAGGACACACUCCACACCUACCUUGGCUCUGUCAUCAUCCAAGACUACUUUCAUGAUUAUUACCCGGAUCGCUGGGCGGCCAACUUGAACAACUACAAUAAGCUACGUGACACCUACACCAUCCAGCGUGAAGCAUACCGUGUGGUUGAGGAAGCACAUGGUAUCGCCGCUGCACGCAUCCUCCAAUACAAAAAAGAUGAGAACGAUCAUGCUGAGGAGCUACGCAAACUUCACAAGGAUGUCGCAGCAUGGCGUGUUGCGGAUCGCCGCGCACUCGCCAUCAUCUUCUCCUGCAUCCCCUCACACCUCAAACGCGACCUCCGUCCCACCUCCUCCUCUGGCCUCUGGAAAACCCUCUCUACUCAGUACGAUCGACAGGAUCUUCGCUCCCUCCUUGCCCUCUUUCGCAAGUUCCAAGGCACCACCUUUGACUCCUCUCCCACUGCUGCUGCCUACACCCGCCGCCUCAUUGAUACUGCACGACGCCUCAACGAUCGAGGCAUUGUCGUCUCUGAGUCUCUCCUCACUGCACGCACUCUCGACUGCCUCCCCCCCACAUAUGACACAUACCGCAUCACCUUCACCUCCCGCUACCGCUGCCCUCCUCCUGUGACAGACACCAUCGAGUGGCUCCUUGAUAGCGAAGCCGACCUUCAACGUGACUCCACCUCUAUCAAUGCAGUUCAGACUCGCAAAGCCCCCACAGGCAACGAGAACAGCGGCGGAGGUGGCGGCCACGGCGGUACUGGCAGUGGUGGAGGUGGACGUGGUGGUGGGCGAGGAGGAGGACGUGGUGGUGGGCGAGGAGGAGGACGUGGUGGUGGGCGAGGCGGUGGCCGUGGUGGGCGUGGCGGACACCCCUCACCUUCGGGCACCCUUCCCCCGUGUCAGUACAUCAUUCGCUAUGGCUCCAACAAAGGCCAACCAUGCUCACAGACCACUCAUACCAUUGACACGUGCUUCAAAGCCCUCACUGACGAAUGGUUUGACCGUGGCAAUGUUGGCACCCCACCUCGCUGGAACACUGUUUUCCCACGCCCCUCUCCCCAUGACAUCCGCACUCCCCCCGCCUAUCAACCCUCCACCCCCAACCUCCACAAUGUCCUCACUCAACAUCUUCCAUCUCACAUCCUCCAGCAAGUCAAGCAUCUUCUCCCCUCAUCCACCCCCACUCCCACUCCUCCUCCACCCACACCUCCGCUUCAAGCCCCUCCCCCUCACUACCCUCCACCUUAUGCUGGCUGGCCUUAUCCUCCUUACCCACCUCCUGGAUAUGGUCCUGGACCUAUUGGUCCUGUUGCUAAUCUUGCUGAAUAG